GCCUCACUUUAACCAAUCAGGCUUCUACGCAGGGCGGGGUUUGCCUUUGCCAAGUGGUUUUUCAUAAUACCGCAUCAGUAGUGUCAUGUAAUCAUAACAUGACCAAGGUUACUCCGAAGGUACAGGAGACAAAUAUGAACAUCAUUUGACAUCGUCUUAUCUCGGUCGCGAUGAGCACCCCGUGUUUCUUGUCCUCCGCUGCCCGAAGUUUCAGCCUACCGUGUCCCGCCGCCAGGCUGCUCCGCUGCCGGCUGCUGGGCCCCUGCUCCGUUACAAGUUUUAGAAGAAAUAUGUCCUCCAAAAGCCAAAUGGACCAUCUAGAGAGAACAGCGAGCAACUACAGACAAAAUGCUCUGUAUCCAGCUCAAGUAUGUGGCAUCAUAAACGAGUCCGAGACGGUAAAACGUUUGAGAUUAGCUGUCCAUCCAGACUUCAGCUUCAAAGCAGGACAGUGGGUGGAUUUCUUCAUCCCUGGUGUGGAGAAGGUGGGAGGUUUCUCCAUGUGCUCCAGCCCGGGUUUGCUGCAGAGGGAGGGCAUCGUUGAACUGGCCGUCAAAUACACCAAACACCCCCCAGCACACUGGAUCCACACCAUGUGCACAGUGGGCUCCCGGGUGGCCAUGCGUGUCGGCGGGGACUUCUUCUUUAACCCAACGCCCUCCGACCCCAGUGUGCAUUUGCUGCUGGUGGCCGGCGGCGUAGGGAUCAACCCCUUGUACUCUAUCCUGUUGCACAGCACAGAUCUGCUGCGUCUCAACCGCACCUCUGGUGGGCGGGACUACAACAUCUCUGCCCACCUCUGCUACAGCGCCAAGAACACCCAGGAACUGCUCUUUAAGAGCUCCAUCAUCGAGGCGUGUCGGGAGUUCCCUGACAAGCUCUCCUGCGACCUCUACGUCACGCAACAGAGCAUAGAUGUUGACUCGCACCCCCAGCCAUUUAUCAACCACGGGAGAAUUGCAGACGAGGAUUUGCGGGCUCAUGUGGACCCGCAGAGGACUUUGUGUUUCCUGUGUGGGCCCCCGCCCAUGAUCGAAGCACUUUCAAAAACCCUCAUGGACUUCGGCCUCCCGAAAGACAGAAUCCUCUUCGAGAAGUGGUGGUAGAACCUCCUACGAUUCCCAGAAUCCUACAGGGUUGUCCUCCCGGAUUGUGCUCCUUUUUUUGCAUUCACCGAGGGGGGAGGAUGUAUGGGGUGAGGCGAUAAUGGAAUGCAGCUGAAAUAUUCCAUGAUGUGGACAAUAAUAUGAGGACGUUCACCCUCGAUCACUGCUACUACAACCUGUGCCUGAUCUGCGAUAGACCGCUGGGACCACCCACUGAGAUGAGUUUUAUUUCUGAGGACUGAGCAGACUCAAGCUCAACUUUGGAAGACAUUUUUCAGCUCGUUUUGCUGAAUAUUGCAACAAAUCUGCAACUGUGUGUGACAGACACAGCUGUUACACAUCUUCAUAUCUCAACUCAUUUCCAGCCUACAUUUGCCUGACUGAGGUUCUGUUUGAACAAAUUAAUAGGUGACGUUAAAUGUUCACCUGAAAAGGCCAAACUUGACCUAUGCAAGUAUGUGUUGGAAGCAAUAAUUUGACAUUUUCCGAAAUAGAGUUAGAUAAGUAGAUCAAUACCUGUCCGCUAAAUAUGAAGCUACAGUCAGCAGCUAGUUAGCUUAGCAUAAAGACUGGAAAAGGCAAAAGAGCUAGCCUGGCUUUUUCCAAAGACAACAAAAUCCACCUCAUCUCUUUUCUCCGUACAAAAACUGAAAGUGUCACGUUGUGGUUUUAUGGAAACUUCCAACAGAGCCAGCUGGCUGUUUUUUCCAUGCCUUAUGCUAAGCUAAGCUAACCAGCUAUUGUCUUCAUAUUUAGCAGACAGAUGUGACUCUCAAGAAAGUGAACAAGCACAAUUCCCAAAAUUUCAAACUAUUGCUAUUCCUAGGAUAUAAAGGAUCAGUGCUUACAAUAGCAAUCUGUACUUUUUUUGUACACUGUACAUAAGUGUUUAAUGAGUGACUGACUAAUUUAUUUCUAUCAAAAUACCUCUGCUAAUUCCAUCAUAUGUUCUUAGAAGUGUUAUAUUAUACUUUAUUUAUUUAUAUAUAUAUAUAUAUAUAUAUAUAUAUAUAUAAAACUCAGAGUUAGAGCUGGGCGAUAUGGAGAAAAUCAAAUAUCACGAUAUUUUUGUCCAAAUACAUCAAUGUCGAGUUUGCAGCGAUAUUGUAGGUGUGACUUUUGGUGCUUUCACAAAAUAUUUACACAAUGAGAUUUUUGAUAAAUAAUCAUUCAGUAAUGUGGAUAUAAUGACUAAGUGGCGAAAGGCAAAUAAAAGAACAGCUAGAACAGCUAGUAAUUCGAAAACUUUACUGUAAUGUAGCUUCUAAAACCAGGAAAAGACACCACUUGUGUCAUUUUACGAUAUCCAAAAUUUAAAACAAUAUCUAGUCUUCUAAAUCGAUAGAUGUAUUGCCCAGCCCUAACUCAGAGCCAUUUAUUUGCAGAACUGAACACUUUCAAUUGUAUUUAUAUUGUCAAAUCACAGCGGGAGUUAUCUCAGGUCACUUUACAGAUAUAGUAGGUCUAGACCACACUCUAAAUUUUAGAUUUGUUUGGCUAAUGAGUUUCACUAAGUUACACUGAAGUCAUGUUUUUUUUAAAUUUAUUUUUUAACAUUUUACUCAUGCAAACUUCACACAGAGUGUAUUUUUAGAGUCAAAAACCCAACAAUCUCCCACAUAUUGGCCAGUGUCCCUGCCUCAAUCACAAACUGUAACAUGCAUACACAGUGUGACAUACACAUACACUUUUACUCAAUCACACACAUCCACAUACCCACAAACGCUUCAUCGUGCCGGGGUGGAGUGAGUAUCCCAUGGUGCACUGUAAUGGAACCUCCAGGUGGUCUCUGAUUGGCUUGGAUCACUGAACAUCCCCUUGGAGAUGGUUGCGAGCUUCUUGUUGUCGUCUCUCAGUGGGGGUGGGGGAGGGGUUACGCCAUUAAGACUCAUUUUCAAGUUUUUUUUGUGUUUCUUCCUCAUAUGAGGAAAACGGUUUAUGCUGGUAACGUGAGAUUUGAAGAAAAUAAAAGGAAAUUGAGUCAA